CGUGUUUAGGAAAUUUCUUUUAAAUUUUGUUAAAAUAUUAAAUUAAACUCGAUAAAAUGUCCAUGCUAAGGUCGUCAGUCACAUUACUGAAUCUAAGUAGAGCUUUAAUUCCAAAACAAAACCUGAUUUCUAGUCGAUCGGUUAAACGAUGGGUUGCUCCCACACUACGUGAAUUAAAUAGACGAUCAAAGAAAUUGGGACCACAACAGCCACAACCACGUUCCGGUUUUGUUGAAUGGAAUUACCGGGCUGAGCUAUUCGCAUUCGGCAAGAGGCUACAAGAAGAAUUCCAAAUACCAUUGCUGCAAACUGCAUUCACCCAACAAUCGUACAUUGCCCAAGAAGAAUUGAAGCAGCGAGAUCUGGGAAUUGAAAAUGUUGAUAUACAAUUGUCACAUAAUCACGAACUUUCGGAGCGUGGUGAACAUAUAAUCAAAGAAUAUGUUGAUGCUUUUAUUGGUUAUUCCCUACCAAAAGUACCCGCAGAGGGUAGAAAGGCCAUUGCCUCGUAUUUGUUAAGCACAGAAAUAUUAUCCAAUGUAGCUUUGAAUUUGGGUAUGAAGGAAUUACUUUUAGAUGCUGAAUAUCCACCAUCGACCAAUUCAAUGUCCAAAUCAUUGAAAGCUGUUGUUGGUGCCUUGGAACAGUCUUCGGGUAUGGAAAGAGCUUUUCUUUUCGUUAGAGAUUUUGUGUGUACGCAAUUGAAUCAAAAGGAUAUACUUGAGUUGUGGAACAUCGAAAAUCCUGAAGAUAUGCUGAAGCAACAAUGUCAGCAAAAGAAAUUGCCUGCACCCGAGCCACGUCUAUUGGGAGAUUGUGGUAAAAAUACUGUCCUAUCUGCCUAUCAUGUUGGUUUGUAUUGUAAUAAGACACUGAUUGGUAAGGGUUUUGGUGAAGAUAUACCAACAGCUGUUAAAACUGCAUCCUUGGAUGCAUUACAAACAAUGUUCGACAUUCACGAUAAUAUGAAACCGUUCGAUUUUAAAAUACAAGUUCAGAAUAAAACUGCGAAAAUUAAUCAAUAAAUUGUUGUUGUUGUAGAAAUUAAAAAAAGAA